ACGUCACGCACCGUUCCGAGACAGUCGGAGAGACAGCUCACUUCGUAUCCCCACCGCACUCCGCUAUCCAGCUGUCGAGCGAACCGUUUGGCAGUCGGCGAGGCUAAUUUUCUCGAGAACGAUCGCGGACUACGUGAAGGCUCGGCAUUGGCGGGGGUUCUUCGCCGCGGCUCAAGAAAGCAAGUUUCGAGUCCGCGUCGGACAGACAUACGCACGCUCGAUCGAAGUAAACGGGGUCGGUACGCGAACGAGUGAUCGUUGUCGUCGUAGUAGUCAUCGAGGUGGGACCGAAUUCGUGCAUUUCCGUAACGGUACCGAAAACAGGGCGGCCUUCACGGACGCGACUUGACAAGAAGUUGAAGGAAGAGACAAACAACGAACUCCACUCUCUCUUUCUCUCUUUUUCUCUGCCUCUCGCUCUUUCUCUCACAGUUCACCUUCCUCUCUCUCUCCCCCCUCUCUCGUUCUUUCUCUCACUCGCUCUCACGUCGUACAAAUCCGCAGCUUCGUAAGAAAUAACCCUCGCCUCGUCGCGUGUGCGUGCGCGCGCGUGGUGAGAGAGAACGCGCGCGUUCUGCGUGCUAUCGUACGUUCGUACGUGCAUACAUACGGACGCGAGUAUAAGCGCCUUCCCUCCUACACCUUUUCUUUCCUUCCGUGUAUGAUUUUACGCGCGUGUGGGUGCCGUGAUUUCUUUCGUCGGGCUUGUCCCUUCGGCUAGACAUAUAUAAGGUGUGGAGGAAGAAGGUGGUGGUGGUGGUGGUGGUGGUUGUCGUCGUCGUCGUCGUCGGCGGCGCAGCGUGUACACGCAUCCGCACAUACACUAGCCACAUAGAGAAAGAGUGAGAGGACCUCUUGCGUGAUCCAUCAUCGUCAUCGCUCGGAGAACUUAGUGACGAACCCAUUUGUGAGGGAUGUCCACCCCCGCGAGGAGGAGACUAAUGAGGGAUUUCAAGAGAUUACAGGAAGAUCCUCCUACUGGAGUAUCAGGUGCACCAACAGACAAUAAUAUUAUGAUAUGGAAUGCAGUUAUAUUUGGACCACACGAUACUCCAUUUGAGGAUGGCACGUUUAAGCUUACAAUAGAAUUCACGGAGGAAUAUCCAAACAAACCACCCACAGUGAGAUUUGUUAGUAAAAUGUUCCAUCCCAAUGUAUACGCGGAUGGUGGAAUCUGUCUUGACAUACUACAAAAUCGUUGGAGUCCUACUUACGACGUUUCAGCUAUCUUAACAUCUAUACAGUCACUUUUGGAUGAACCGAAUCCAAAUUCGCCAGCCAACUCUUUAGCAGCUCAAUUGUAUCAAGAGAAUAAACGGGAGUACGAGAAGAGAGUGGCCACUGUAGUUGAACAGUCUUGGUUGAAUUUCCAAGAGAGUCACACAGAGGAUCUCCGCUGACAUUGAACGAAAGAAAAAAUGAAAAUGUAGAAAACUGGAAAUGACGCGUGGAGUCGCACUGUGAACUUAUGUGAUCAUCAUUUAUAAGUACCAGUAUGUAUUAUCCUGCUCUUAUAACUAGACUUUAGGCGCUCUUCUGGCGAAACACGUAAACAAGGAAAAAAGAUGAAAUUCGUACAAACGCAAUGUUUUACCAUAUAUUAAUCCCGCACGCAAGCCGUAUUGUUUUAUAAAUAUAGACGAGCUUGAAGAAAGUGGAUGAUUCAUGUUAAAGAAUAUGAAAGUUUGUAAAUCGCUUAUGGAAAGUCUCCUUUCACCAGAUGUAACAAUGUAAAA